AUGCAUUCGAACAUCGCUAUCACCAGCUUGCUGGCGACAGCAUCUCUCAUUUCCACUAUCAUCGCGAAACCGAUUUUCAGUCCCAAAAUAUUCACCUCCUUGGCAGGCCCCGCAGAACCCCAACUCGCGGUAUAUUGGGGACAAGGUCCGGGACAGAAACGGUUGGCCGAAUUCUGCGCGGACACGACAUUGGAUAUCAUCCCCAUUGCAUUCGUAAACAUCUUCCCAGACGAGACGAACGGACCAGGAAACAACUAUGGAAAUGCCUGUGGCAGCGACCUUUGGGUGACCCCAGAUAACAAGCAGACUCAGAUGCUCACCCAGUGUUCACAAAUCGCCGAGGAUAUCAAGACUUGUCAGAAUGCCGGCAAGAAGAUCCUUGCAUCGAUCGGAGGUGCGGCGCCUGGAACGAACUUCCUCGCCUCGAAGGAGUCUGCCGUUGCAUUCGCCGACUUCCUCUGGGGAUCGUUUGGCCCUCUCCAGGAUCCCACCUUGAAGCAAUAUCCCCGGCCAUUUGGCACGGACACCAUUGUGGACGGUUUCGAUCUGGACAUCGAAUCUGGCCCUGAUAGCUUCUACUCCGAUUUGGUCAACGAAUUGAGGGCCAAAUUCGCUCAGAGCACCGGCACUUACUACAUCUCAGCUGCUCCCCAGUGCGUUGUGCCGGACGCUCACCUCGAAGAUGCGAUUGCAAACUCCUACAUUGAUUAUCUGUUCAUCCAAUUCUAUAACACUGACUCCUGCUCCGCAGCCUCGCUAUUCAGCUCUGGGUCGCUGAACACAAACACCGACAUCACGUUUGGUUGGCAACAGUGGCUCGCAGACAAUUCGCAGAACAAGAACAUCAAGAUAUUCCUCGGUCUGCCUGCGUCAACCAGCGCAGCUCAUUCGCAAGACUACCUAAGCAUUAGCAAGGCCAAGUCCUUGAUCGAGGAAUAUGCAUGCUCCGAUCAGUACUCGUCUUCCUUCGGAGGCGUCAUGCUCUGGGACGCGACCUACUCCGACCAGAACACGGAUCCGGAUCUCAAUGGCCAGAGCUACGCGUACAACAUGAAGGAAAUCUUCGGUCAGCUCUCUUGCGCGCAGCUACCCCAGGCACCUGCUAGCUCGACAACCACUGUCACCACCAUCACCACCACUACAACAUCGUCCUUGACCACUACUACCACUCCCCCAACGACGGUUGCUGCCCCGGCAACGUCCACCUCAGCCUCGACAACGACUUCCACCACCACUCAUCAGUUUGUCCCAGAAACCACCAGCAGCAGCACAACGUCUGCUUCUCCCGCAGCGUCCAGCUCCAGCACCUGGACGACAUCCACUUCCAGCUAUAGUCAUGUUGCCAUUGGCGGUACGACCUCCUCGAGCAGCCCUACCUCAACCACUAGCUCGCACGGCGUACACGUUGGCGUGCCCUCAUCCAGCACCUCUAGCAGCCCCAGCACCACCACGACGUCUGCCACCCACCAUGCACGCGAUGAGACCACUUCCAGCAGCUCCAGCACAACUACCACCACCUACAGCCAUCCUGUUGCAGAAGCCACUUCCACUAGCAGCAUGAGCGCCACCACAGCAUCCUCACAUGGCCACGGCGACUCGCACUCCAGCCCCACCUCUUCGGCUGCUGUCGCUUCCACUACCAGCAGCUACUACUGGGGCGAUUGGACCUCCUCGGGCAGCAAGCCAGUUGAUGCGGCAACGACGAGUGCCGUCACCACAUCAAGCUUCGAUUGGGCUGACUGGGAGGCCUCCAAAUCUUCUUCAACAAGCAAACCGGUUGACCCGGCAACGACCACCUCCAACUUCAAUUGGGCUGACUGGGAGGCUUCCAAGACCAGCACCACCACCUCCGACAAGCCCGUCAAGGCCGCCUCCACCUCCACGUCGAGCAGCUCCGACUGGGCUGACUGGGAAAAGACCGCCUCGACGGAAAGCUAUACAGCUCCAACAGCCACCGCUGUCAUGACACAGACCCUCGUACCUGUCAAGCCCACUGAUGGCGCUGCAGCGGUCGAUCAACCCUCUGGCCUCUUCAGCGGCUACACUGGCCCAUCUUUCAUCGUCUCUACUGCCGUCAAGCCGGCCGCGACCUCGGAAGCAGGGCCGUCAGGCUGGAGCGGAAAGUCACAGACCGACUCUCUGGCAUCUGUGGCCGCAGCAUCGGCGACCAACAGCGGAUGGCUCGCUUCAUCCUCUGGUUCAUCAACUACUCCCGUUGCGCCCGCGACCUUCACAGGUGGCGCGGCCCAGCAGGAGCUACCGGGAACCGUCUUGAGCGUGGCCGCCUGUUUGGCCGUUGCUGUUGUUGGCUUGAUCUUGUAG